AUGAUUGCUAUCCUCAUGGUCUAUUACAGUAUUCUCCUUAUUGCCAGCAAUGCACUUGCUAUCUUAACCAUAAGAUUUCCACAAAAUUUCAACGAAUCGAAAUAUGUCGCAUUCUCCACCUUUUCUCUUGGUCUGAUGUGGAUAGCAUUCAUCUUUACUUAUCUUAAUACAGCUGACAAGUUUCAAACUGCAGUGGUAUCAUUCACUAUUCAGAUGAGUGCCAUGGCAGUGUUGCUGUGCUUGUUUGCCCCUCGUGUCUUCAUUGUAUUGUUCCUGUCCAAACGUACAGUGAAUGAUACUGAUAAUAAAAAGAAUACUAUGAGUGGAGAAGAUAGCAUGAUGAAACCAAAAGUUUUAAUUUCUUCUUCAACACAAGAAAUUUCUGUACAGAGUAGUGACGUACACUUUCAAUACAACACUCCUCCUGAAUCAAUACUCACUACUGAUGGUGGCAAUAGGAUCAAUGGAGUACAGGAUCGGAGAGGAAAGGACAUCAUUUUGGGAGGAUUGUUCACAGUACAUAAUGAUGCAGAAGGAUCUGCUGGUG